AUGGGCUUCUCCGCCCUGGUCGCCAGCGCCCUGUGCACCUUUCUGCUGCCCCUGCUACUCUUUCUGGCUGCCGUCAAGCUCUGGGACCUGUACUGCGUGAGCAGCCGCGACCCCAGCUGCCCGCUCCCGCUGCCCCCGGGCACCAUGGGGCUCCCCUUCUUCGGGGAGACGCUGCAGCUGGUGCUGCAGAGGCGGAAAUUCCUGCAGAUGAAACGCAGGAAAUACGGCUUCAUCUAUAAGACUCACCUCUUUGGGCGGCCCACGGUGCGGGUGAUGGGCGCCGAGAACGUGCGGCACAUCCUGCUGGGCGAGCACCGGCUCGUCUCCGUGCAGUGGCCCGCCUCGGUGCGGACCAUCCUGGGCUCGGGCUGCCUCUCCAACCUCCACAACGGGCAGCACAAGCACCGCAAAAAGGUGAUCAUGCGGGCCUUCUCCCGGGACGCCCUGCAGCACUACGUGCCCGUCAUCCAGGAGGAGGUGAGCGCCUGCCUGGCGCGGUGGCUGGGCGCCGCCGGGCCCUGCCUGCUCGUGUACCCCGAGGUGAAGCGCCUCAUGUUCCGCAUUGCCAUGAGAAUCCUGCUGGGCUUCCAGCCCCGCCAGGCCAGCCCCGACGGCGAGCAGCAGCUGGUCGAGGCCUUCGAGGAGAUGAUCCGCAACCUCUUCUCCCUCCCCAUCGACGUGCCCUUCAGUGGGCUCUACCGGGGCUUGCGGGCACGCAACAUCAUCCAUGCCAAGAUCGAGGAGAACAUCCGUGCCAAGAUGGCCCGCAAGGAGCCUGAGGGGGGCUACAAGGACGCGCUGCAGCUGCUGAUGGAACACACGCAGGGUAACGGCGAGCAGCUCAACAUGCAGGAGCUGAAGGAGUCUGCCACAGAGCUGCUAUUCGGGGGCCAUGAAACCACUGCUAGUGCUGCCACGUCACUGAUCGCCUUCCUCGGGCUGCACCAUGAAGUCCUGCAGAAAGUGAGGAAAGAGCUGCAGGUCAAGGGGUUACUGUGCAGUUCCAACCAAGAGAAGCAGCUGGACAUGGAGGUCUUGGAGCAGCUGAAGUACACAGGCUGUGUCAUCAAAGAGACCCUCAGGCUGAGCCCGCCUGUUCCCGGGGGAUUUCGGAUUGCACUCAAGACCCUUGAGCUAAAUGGUUACCAAAUCCCCAAAGGUUGGAAUGUUAUUUACAGUAUCUGUGAUACACAUGAUGUGGCAGACCUCUUUACCAACAAGGAAGAGUUUAACCCAGAUCGCUUCAUGUCUCCAUCUCCAGAGGAUUCCUCUAGGUUCAGUUUCAUUCCUUUCGGUGGGGGCUUGAGGAGCUGCGUGGGCAAAGAGUUUGCAAAAGUCCUUCUAAAAAUAUUUACAGUGGAGUUGGCUCGGAGCUGUGACUGGCAGCUGCUGAAUGGACCUCCUACAAUGAAAACAGGCCCCAUAGUGUACCCUGUGGACAAUCUGCCUACCAAAUUCAUUGGUUUCAGUGGCCAAAUCUGAGAGCUCAAC